AUGGAUAAAAUACAAAUUAUUAUCAUUGCCUUGAUUGCAUCCGGUGUUGUUUGCAUGGCUGUUUCCUUUGGGGUCGGGGUAGCGAGCUUGCUUGAUGAAUAUUGGAUCGACUACGCCUUUACCACAACUACUUCCGCUACGGUUAGUGGUAUGCCAGCGACUGUUGUUGCGGUGGCCAAAGCUAACAUUGGAUUAUUCACCACGUGCUAUAAUAUUGACACCACCACCACCGUUACUUCAAUUUUUGGAUCCACCACCACCAAUCUGAAUACAAACGCCUGUGUGGAUUCUGCUACCACGGGUUACAUUAAUGGAGAUACCGUUAAGAUGAUCCAGUCUGUCGGUCAGGUGGCCGGGGUCUUCCUUGGUCUCGCCUUCAUUAGCGGAAUACUGAUCAUUGUUCUCCACCUGCUGAAGAAGCUCGCCAAGCCUGUCUGCUUCGUGUCCCUUACACCAGGAGUGAUUGCUUCCAUUUCAACCCUCAUGUUACUAGUUGCUCUGGUCAUGCUAAAUGGUGAACUUGUAUCUGGAAUGGAACUAGGUAAAACUGCUACUAUGGGAAUCGUAGCCUUAGUGUUUGCUUUUUUGGCUACCGUGACAUACUCUGUGGCAGCUGCCUUCAUAAUUAAGGGGGCCAUGAGCCCUAAAACGGCCAAGGUGAAUGACGAGUCAACGGAGAAUUCAACAGAAAUGAAAGAAACCGAGAAAGAGAAGCCUUCUACCGAGGCCAAUACAGCAUCUCCUUAACUCCCACGGUCCGUAACACCAUGUCUCUGGUAACACGGAGAACUUGGUUCCAGAACGUGUAUUCUAUGUUCAUCAAUGCAGACAUUGGUCAAUUUGACUCUAGGAUUAACCUUACCAAAUGAAUGUGUUUCA